AUGCACCGUGAACUGCACCUGCUGACCCGCCUCGCUCUGCGCCUGAUGCGGGAUAUGAUUCGCGACAACGCGGCUGCCUUCACGGACGGCUGGGCGGCGUACAUUCCAGGGCUGCUGCGGUUGGAGGGACUCCGCCUCCACGUCGUGGACACGUUGCAGGCGUUCUUCACCGACAACCCGUAUGUCCCGCUGCGGGCGGUGCAUCAGGUAUCAGAGCACUUCAUCUCGGCUUCACAGCUGUUGCGGCGGGGCGCCUACGUGGACUUUCUCGGCGCUGUGUGCACGAUCGAGUUCAAGGGAGUGCCGGAGCGGCAGGCCUUUGUGUGCCAGCGGUUGCUCGUCGAAAACCCACAGCUGCUCAGCCGGUUUGUCAUGGUCGUACCGCCCGGCUCCACGGAGGCGGACGGGUGUGUGUACGUUCUGCCAAGCGCCGAGCCGGACAUCACGACGGAUUCGGACAAGGCGGACUCCGGCAAAAACAAUAAAUCCUUCGGCACCACGUCAUCGCUGGACCAGACAGCGAGACCGGCGGCGCAGAACUCCGCGGCUUCUCUCGCCCCUUCUUCUUCCUCCACCGCAUCAUCGCCCUCCUCCUCCUCCCAGCGUCUUCGGCGCGGAGAGGCUGCGGUGGAGUGGGAAAAUGGUAUCUGCGCCGCCCCUCCUCUGGGCUACCUCCCCUUCACCGAGUUUUUUUCAAGCGGCACUGGGAGGAAGCAGGCGACGUUUGCGGCGAACCAGAUAUCCCUCUUUGCGCGUCUGUGCUACGACGGUGCCCCCGCGCAGUGCCACGAGGCCGUUGGCCGCCUCUUCCCCGCCGCCGCUCUGAAGUGUCUCCUUCGCACCUUUGUCUGGACGGGCGAGCAGGUUGUCGGCCAUCGCUGCCCGCACGACGUGCUACGCAGUUUCUUGAUUCGACUGGCCAUGCAGUGCUUCGUGUUGCCGCGCAUGUCGGCCCCUGCGGUGCAGCUGCGGGUGAGCACGGUGCUCUUCGGCUCCAGUCAGCUGCGGCGGAACACCAGCCCCACCUACUCGAAUCUCCCUGACGAUGAAAUGACCGUGUUGCUGAAGUCGGCUGUCAUCAACCUGCUCCGGGCAAACCCCUUCUUUGUGCAGGAUGACGUAGACCGCAGCUUGCUCAUGCGUGGCGCGGUCAGUUCGAUGUUGAAGCUGACACGGUACCGGCAGUACACGUAUGCGGAUGUGCUGACGGUGCUGCCGAUGCUGCUGCAGCUGCUGGACGGUACCCGCGACGUGCUCGACGCAAACACGCUGCACCGCACACACCUGCCAUCCACCGCUGCCGGUUCGCACUCUCCCUCCAUAAAUGCUCAGUGCGCCGACUCGCACGGCAGCUUCGCCGCUCCGCGUUCGCCUGCCGCCGCCGCUUACGCGUCGGCCGUGAACAGCAGCAGCAGCGACACCGCGCGUCUGGUGCACAAGGUGGAGAGUGUGCACCUCAUGCGCAUCCGAGAGAUGGUUUGCCAAGCCUUGCUAUUCGCACUGCAGCACGGCGUGUCGCGCGCCGCGGACAGCGUCAUUGUGUACCUGUACAAAGCCUACACACAGGUCGAUCCAAGUCGCCCCGGAAACGGUGGACACGCCAGUUCCACAGCUUCUGGCGCAGUGCAGUCGAUCGCUUCGGCACUCGCGUCGGCGGCGCAGACGCCUGCGGUGGCGGAUAACGAGCUCCGGCGAAAAGUGGAGGUCCUCAUCCGACGGCGCGACGACUACAGCGGAGGGGACUCGCACGAAAAGGGUCUGCUGCAGAACUUUAUGGAGAAGGUGUCCGUGACGGAGCUUUCGGAGAACGUCAGAGAAGAGGAAGAGGAGGCGAAAAGGUCGUCUCUGGCGGCGCAGCGUCUCGUGGAUGGCUACCAGGAACUUCCCGACGGCCUGCAGAGCUGUAUUGUUGUUGGCAGCGGUAGUGGCAGUAGUCUGGCGAAUCAACUGAGCUCCGCGACGUUCUCCGCCAAGUGGACUUCACAACUGAUCCGUACCGAAACCUCGUCUUCGUAUGCAGAGUUGUCCUCGUCCGAUGAUGACGAAAACGGUCUGUCCGCAGCGAGCGAUGACGGCAGCAGCAGCAGCAGCAGCAGCGGUGGUGGCGUCUCCGCAGCGGAGGUGCAAGCCUGGCUGGACUACCGCACCAGCAACAUCGUCCAGUACUUUCAACCCGACCGACUCGUGCCGUAUUUGUUCGACGUCACGCGCUACAACUCCCCAUCCUUGACAGUGCAGGCGAUGGCGUUACUCGUGCAGCUCUGCGUGGUGAAGCGCAGCAUCGCGCAGCUCGUCCUGAAGGUGAACACGCUGCCCUCCUUGGAGGUGCUGCACAGUUUUGACCGCAUGUACACCGUGGCGGUGCGGCUGAAGGAGGCGUACACGCCGGCGGAGACGGGGACGCCGCGAGCGACGCAGUGGAAGCCGGCGAUUCAGUUCGCCUUGGACACGUUGAAUGGUCCGCCGCCGCCGCUACCACAAAACACCCAUGCUGCUGCUGUUGCUGCUGCUGCGGGAACACCGACACAGCCGGAGGGUACGGAAAAAGACGGAAGAAGGGUACGAGGAGAAGUCGGAGCACUGCAGCACCCGUCGUUAUUGGCCACGUCGGUGCUGUCGUCGCCUCAGCACCACCGCCACAACACCGCGGAGAAGCGCGCGGCCAAGUUACGCCACCUGUACAAGGCGUUCCAUGGCGUCAGCACAGAGAACCUGCUGCUCAACGGGAGCGGUGAAGAAGGCGAGGACGAGGAAAGUGGAAACGAUACCGAGGAGGGGGCGGAGGCCGGCGAGGGAGGAGGAACAGCAGUGGCAGAAGCAACAGGGAAGGAGCGUAUUGCCGCGCUGUGGAGUAAGACUUCCGGUGCGGUGCGCAUGCUGGUCUAUAAUAACACCAUUCGCAGCCGCCGUCGUGCCUUGGGCCUCUCCGAGACGAGCACCAUCCCCGUCAACGUGAUUAUUCGUGCAGAGAUGAUGGCGCACUGGCGCAUACACGAGACCCUGCUGCAGAUGCUGUCGCACCUAACGUCGGCCGACCCGCUCUUCAAGUCCGUGCUCCCGUUUUUCUACUUGUUCAGCUUCUCGGAGAACAACUCGCUGCUGUUGCAGCCGUACGUACAUCUCUUUCUGAAUCGGCUGGACCCCGAAGAUGCCUCGGUAACGGUGUGCCUGCACAUUAUCAUCCGUGUCCUACGCUCGGAGCCGCACGUGGAGGACUAUUUGACGCCGGCGCUGCUGGAGGCUAUCGCGAGCCACAUCAACGAUGAGCUGUACACGAAACUCCCGGACCCGGAGCUGGUCGAAAUGUUGAGCCAGUACAUCUUCUCGGGCCCCGUCUCCCCCGUGGUGCGUCGCCGUAUGAUGAUUCUCUUCCGUGAACGCGGAACCUUGAAGCACUUGACCCGUUUCCGGCCGAACCCCACCCCGGUCGAGGUGGUCUUCACAUCAGCUCUCGUGAACCUCGUGUGCAGCAUCUGCGGCUCCCACACGAGUGUGCUGACCCUCGCGCGCAGUAUGCUGCCCGCGGAGAGCAUCUGCAGCGUUAUUCUUCAAAAACGAAUUGUGGAGAUGUUACCGGUGGCCAUCGUGGACAAAUCCUGCGGCACCCCACUAGAAAACAGCGCCGCCGACUCGUCUACCGCGCCGAGUGCGGUGGCGGCGCUGAAGCUGCUGAACCCGUACGUGCGCAUUCUUGUUGCGCUCUACUUUAUUCCAACCAACGACAGUCGAGAUGACAGCCAACGGCGCUGCCUGUGGUGGAUGGGCAACCCACUGAUCUGGCGCAUUGUGAAGCUCUUCACCACCGCCAUAGAGGCCGUGUGCACCGUCGCUGCGCAGGACGGUGUCGCGUUUGCAGUGAACCGUGGCCUGAAUGGCGUGAGGAUGUACCACACGCUGCUGUGCUCGACCAUCCCAGUCGCGAUGGCUGGCUUCCUCAUGAACUGCUUUAGCAACGAAGGGUUCAAUCGGUUUCAGAAGGAGGUGAUUGGGCAGUCGCUCUACCAACACGCGGCGGCGGCGGUGCGGCUAGGUGGGUUGUUGAUGCAGCACGCCGCCGCGAUCGGUCUCACCGUGGAGGAGGCGGUGCACUACCGCCGCUUCCUGGCGGUGUUGUAUCGCCGACUGACGGAGCUGAACGAUCCUUCGGGGGUGUCCGUGGAUGCGCUGGUGGAGCGGUGCUACUCGAUGGCGCGUCGGAUGCGCAUGUGGCUGUCGGAGCAGCAGCAGAUGGUCGAGUCGGCGCUGGUGGACGUGGAAGGCGCGCGCACUGGUACGUCAGAGUCCACAGCGGGACUGGAAUUGAAGCCGAACAACAACGAUAAAGCCCACGAAUGCAGCGCGGCCACGUCUUCACCGUUCAGCUCCACCGCGUCCUUCAGCGCCUCUUUUGCAGGACUGCGUAAACCAGCGGUCCGCCCGACUGGUGGUGCUGGCGUUGUUGCAGCGGCUGCGUACAGGAACGUCGUGCGACGGCGACAGAUCAGCGUUGAUGAUGAAAGCGGCGCUUUCCGUCUCUUAUUCGCCGAAGAGGCCGUGUCCCAAACACAGCUGCAUUCUCAGGAGCUGCUGGAGGCCACCGGGUUGGGUGGGUCUGACCCGCGCAGCGUGAACAUCGCCGGUCCCAGGCAGGAGCCCGACGACGGCGACACAGGCGACCUCGUCAACAAAGGUCUUUUGCUCCCCGGUGUGUUGGCCAGCAGCCGCGGCGUGUCGGUGGUGCGAGCCACGUUGCGGUCAACGCUGCACGGCGACACCGUCAUCCCGACUGACCGCCACUGCCCCCCCGGAGGUAUCGAUGAACGUCAUCCAGCACCUCUUGCGCAGCGCUGA